AACACACACACACUCCCCCUUUCUUUUAUUUCCCAUUACCCUCCCCUCCCCGCCCCCCCUCAGAGUCACCUUUUCAACAAACUCUCUGCAUUUAUUAACAGAAAAGGGAAAAAUAGAAAGACAAGACGCCCUAUGAAACACAGCAAUGACAACAACAGACACAUCCACCACCAGCAGUAGCAGCAACACGCCACUCAUUCUCGACUAUGAACCCAUUUCCUACCCAAAGAUCGCCGCGCGCUUUGCUCGAAAACUACCCCGUUAUACCAAAGAAUACCUCUGCAGCUUUUUCCCUAUCGUCUAUUGGAUUCAUCGAUACAACCUGACGUGGCUCAUUUCUGACGUGAUUGCCGGUGUCACUGUGGGUAUUGUUGUCGUCCCACAGGGCAUGGGCUAUGCAAAGAUUGCAAACCUGCCACCUGAAUACGGCCUUUAUUCGUCAUUUGUUGGCUUGGCUAUAUACUGCUUCUUCGGUACAUCUAAAGAUAUCAGUAUUGGCCCUACUGCUGUCAUGUCACUACUCGUCGGUCAAACCGUUUCCAAUGUCGCUACGGCGGAAUCUGGCUAUACUGGCCCGCAAAUCGGUGUAGCCAUGGCGUUGUUUGGUGGCAUCAUCUCUGUGGCACUAGGCAUGCUUCGUCUCGGUAUCCUCGUCGACUUUAUUCCUGAGCCUGCCAUUGCUGGUUUCAUGACAGGUUCUGCCAUCACAAUUGCUAUCGGCCAAUAUCCGAAACUCUUUGGUAUGACUGGUGUCGACACGCACGACGCAACCUAUCUCGUCUUUGGUAACUUUUUCAAACAUCUGCCCGAUACACAUUUGGACGUCGCCUUUGGCCUUGUGGGUCUUUUUGUACUCUACGGCUUUCGCAUGGGCACAACCUACCUUGGCAAAAAAUAUCCUCGUCACGAAAAACUAUGGUUUUUCAUCAACAUUAUGCGCAACGGCGUCGUCGUCAUCUUUGGUACUCUGUUUGCUUGGGCUAUCCAGCUUCACAAAGAUGAAAGCCCAAUCAGCAUUCUUGAAGACGUGCCAGCUGGAUUCACCGCCAUGGGCGUUCCCACAUUUGAUACCAAUCUCUUGUCUGAAAUUGCCGGUACAUUGCCCUCGGUUGUCAUUAUUCUGAUUCUUGAACACGUAGCUAUUGCAAAAUCCUUUGGCCGCCGUAACAAUUACAAGAUCAAUGCCGAUCAAGAAAUCAUUGCCCUUGGUGUGGCCAAUAUUAUCGGCUGCUUUUUCGGCGCAUAUCCCAAUACUGGCUCCUUCUCUCGUACUGCCAUCAAAGCUCGCAGUGGUGUCCGCACGCCUCUUGCAGGCGUUUUCUCUGCCCUUGUGGUGCUUUUAUGCUUGUAUGCAUUGACACCUGCAUUCUACUAUAUCCCUGACGCAAUCCUCGCAGCCGUCAUUAUCCAUGCAGUGUCCGAUCUCGUCUCUGGUCCCAAAUUCGUGCAGCACCUGUGGCACAUCAACCCACUCGAGCUGUUUACGUUCGUUGCCGCAGUAAUCAUUACUUUCUUCACGAGUGUCGAAUACGGUAUCUAUGUAUCCGUUGCUCUAGCCGUGUUCUUCAUGCUGAUCCGCAUUGCUCGCCCACGCUAUGCCGUCCUUGGCCGCGUUCCUGUUCGACCGAUUCGCCCAGACAUCCAGGACGAGAAAAAGUCAGACGCAAAACCCAAUGAUAGCGACGUCGAAUACGUCUACGUCAAAGAAAGCCACCCAACCUUGCAUGACAUUGUCGAACCCCCACCACCCGGCGUUCUGAUUUUCCGUCUCGACGAAUCUUUGACAUACCCAAACGCCGGUUUCAUCUCUGACAAGAUCAUGCACUAUGUACAGGACAACUUUACAUCGGGUCUUGCUCCACCAACCACGCGUGGUGAGCGAGCAUGGAACGACCGUCGACCGCUUGUGAAAAAAGAAGAUUUGGAAGCUGUCAUGGCUGCACGAGAAGCAUCGGGACGAAAGCUCAGAGCGAUCGUCCUGGACUUUUCAGCUGUCAACCAUCUCGAUUCAACUGGCGUACAAGCUCUUUUAGAUCUCAGACUUGCUAUCAACCGCUAUGUCGGCCGUGAGGUGGAAUGGCAUUUUGCUAGCUUGGCUACGCCGUUCAUCCGUAACGCACUCAUGAUUGCUGGUUUUGGCAGUCAGAACGGCCGCGAUUCGCAUCCACUCGAAUUGGUGCCUAUUGUUCCUCCUCAACUUCAACAACAGCAGCAGCAGCAACAACAAGAAGGAGCAGCAGCAGCAGCAAAUGAUAACGUCAAGAGUGGAAGCGACUCGGCAGCAACAGCCACAGCUUCAAGUACAUCGGACCACUGUGCAAUUGAUACAGAAGUCAUUGACAUGGACACGAUCGAUAUAUCUGAAAAACGAUCGGUCUAUUACUCGAUUCAUCAACUACCAUCAUCAUCAUCAUCUAGCUCUUCUAUUCACUCAACCGCUACUGCGCAUAGCAGCAGUAACAAGGUUGCUGGCGAUGAUGAUCGAGCAUCAGCACGUAGUGUUCGAACUACCCGAACAUCAUCACCUUCGGUUAUCAACAUUGAUCGUCACGGCAAUCUAUCCUACUAUCCACUAUUGGAACGAGGCCUACCCAUUGAUCGAGCACCGUUUUUCCAUUGGGAUCUGGAAGAUGCAGUACGAGCAGCCACUUUUGCUGCUUCUAGAGAUUAAGUACUUUUAAACAUUUCAUCCUCCAUCGUUUUCAUUGUUGUAAUCAUUUUAACUACACACACCCUAAUGUAUUAUAUGUAAUUCUCACCGCCCUUGCUAUUACCUGUUCACCCAACCACAUUUUCGACUCUCUUUCUCUUUCACCGCAUGAUUUAUACCAUUGUUCUUUUUCCUUCACCUUUCCUUGAUUGUACAUAUAUAAAAGUUGUUUUUUAUGCUCACCAAAACCUAUGGCGACGUUUUAACGGCAUGUUGUGUUAGUUGAUCACUACACACCGUAGUAAGCAUGAUAAAUCAAAGGGAUAUAUUCGUUACACAAGCAGCGAUCCAUGUCAUGCAUAUUAUUAUGCGCAUUGGUUCGUUUGCA